UGCACGGGUAUAAUCAGCUGAUCAAUAAAGAUAGCUUUUAUGACUCGUCUUCAAUCAAAAUAAUUAUAAAUUGUCAUGCGUUAUGCAUCAAAAAAGAAGAUUUUUUAUUUAGUGUGUUUUACCGCAGUGUUAAUUUUAUUACUUCAACCUGCUAUAAAAACACGACGCUCAUACGAAAUUAUAGAGAAACAGAAUAUUAUUAGCUCACUGCACGAAGAAACCGCAGAAAAUUACACCAGCACCGCAAUAGUUGACUGCGACUAUCAUGAUAUAAUAUAUGACGAUACAACAGUGCCUGCUACGAUAAUAGACGGCGAUUUGAAUGAAGGAUACAGGAUAAAGGAAGGCGGAGAAUAUGCACCUCCGGAAUGUAAAGCGCUAUUUAGUACAGCGAUCAUCGUUCCUUAUCGGGACAGAGCCGAACAAUUACGAAGUUUUUUGGUGUAUAUGCAUUCGUUCUUGCGUCGUCAACAUGUCCACUAUCGCAUAUAUGUUGUUGAGCAGCUGGAUUCCCAACCAUUCAACAGGGCUAAGUUGAUAAAUAUUGGUGCUAUAGCUGCCAUGAACGCUGGAUACCCAUGUCUCAUAUUACAUGAUGUUGACUUGCUGCCAUUAAAGCCUGCUAAUAUUUACGCAUGCACUAAAUACCCUAGGCACAUGUUAGGCAGCUAUAAUAAAUUUAGAUAUAUUUUGCCAUAUUUAAACCUCCUUGGUGGUGCCACAUCUAUAAUGGCGAAACAAUUUAAAACUAUAAAUGGAAUGAGCAAUAAAUAUUUUGGUGUGAGUGGUGAAGAUUUUGACUUUUUUGCUCGUAUUGAAUCACUGAUGUUGAAAAUAUGUCAAUUCGAGCCUCAAAUUAGUGAAUACCACAAGAUAACAAAUGGACACCAGGGAAGUUGGUAUACUAAAAAUCGGAAAAUCUUCUUUACAAGAAAAGGUAUGGCCGAAGAUGGAUUGAACUCUUUAAAAUAUACAGAAGUAGCAACUGUACUCCAUCCAUUAUUUACUCAUAUCAUGGUUGACUUGUAGCAUAUCUUAUACCAAAAAAAAUAUAUAUUAGUUGAUAAAAUAUCAUAAACACCUAGAAAAAAUA